CUGUACAUUGCGCCGGGCACUCCUUGGUAACGACUUCCUCUCCAGCAAAACGAGAUUUUGAAGAGACUAGCAUAAAAAAAGGCUGUUAUUUUACAAGUUAUUUUUUGGAGGAUUUGGUAAACAGCACUUUGAAGUUCGUCUAAAACAGCGAGUUCAACUGUUACUAUGACAACGGAAAGGUCGUCCGGGUUAGAAGCCCUACACGGACUGUAGUGCAGGGUGAUGCUGUGGGUUAGCUAACACCUUAUGAUAUUCAUUUGCUUUCCCACGUCGGGGUUUACAUUUUUACAGACCGUCGAGCAGUUACAUCUUAUCUCGUUUCGUGAUGGAAGAAGUCGACAGGAUUUUAAUUCACUCCCUACGACAAGUUGGCACAGACAUUGAUGAAGAUGUUCAGAGUGUGAAGCAGUUCACCAGUGAGCUUAUAGUAGAGGCAGUGGUGAGAUGCUUGCGUGUCAUCGACCCUUCGGUGGGCAAUGGCUUGUCUCACUCGCUGCCACCUGGAAUGUCUGCUCGUUUCAGACUGGGCAUGAGUCUUGCACAAGCCUGUCAGGAUGUGGGCUUUAAAGAGAGAUUGGCUACCAGACAUUUCUUUACAGCAAUGAACCAGAGAUCCGCUCUCUCUUCAUGUUUCUGGUGGAGAAGCUGCCCAGAGAGAGUGCAGAGGCCUCGGACCAGCCUGCCGGAAAAUCUGUGCUGUUGCAGAAAGCAAUUGCUGCUCAAAUUAAAGCUCAAUUGUCAGUGCCUUGGCUCCCUCCGUCCUGUAGACUCCCCAUUCACCGUAAAACACAGAGCUCCGGCCCAGUCUCACCAUUUUCACGUCCAGCGGCUGAGUCUCCCGUACUCAGUCAAGGUCUCUACCAGGAAACAGCCAAAAGAGAUGCAAGAGUACUGGAGGAAUUAUUUGCUGCCUGUGACCGCCCAGCCUUCCCAGCAUGCCUCAGUGCCAGCGUCCCUCCUGGAGAACCACGUCUUUGAGCUCAGUGCCGCGCAGGAGUGGGAGAGUGAAUGGAACAGCCAGGGUCUGCUGUCGAGACUGACUCCUGAGGAUUACAGAGCCAGGAAAAAAGCUCGACUGCAUAAGCGGAUUGAGGAACAACUGAGAGUGGCGGCCCAGCCUCGGACCGACACGCAUGGAGCAACGCGCUCGACCUCUGACCUCACAGAACUGCUGCAGUCAUUCAGCGGUGUCUCCUCUGGGAGAGAUGUGUUGACCAAAGGCACACGCUUCACCCACACAGAGAAAUUCACUUUUACAGAGGAACCUGAGAAAGCAGCCCAGCAGAUGGCGGCAGCAGCAAGUGCACUUCCCAGCUCUCACCAAUCAGAGGAGGACCUGAAGGCCCUACAGGAAGCAGAACUUUCUGCUCUGCAGCAACAGUUGCAGCAACUUUCAGUCCAAAUGGAAGAAGUGGGCGGAGACAUCAAACUGCUAACUGUGUCCAUCCAGCAGGUGUCAGAUGAGGUGAAUCAGAGGGAGGUGAGUAACGCAGAAAAGGAGAACUCUGUCAAAAUGAAGAAUCAGACAAUCGAUCUCCUUCCUGAUGCUGAAAACAACCUGCUCAAGUUACAGAGUGUAGUAGAGGCAAGCUCUAAGCGUGUGGUGAAUCUGGCUUCUCAGUGGGAGAAACACAGAGUUCCAUUGAUAGACGAACACCGCAGACUAAAGGAGCUCUGCAGCAACAGAGAGUUUGAGUCCUCUAGGAAGCUGACUGAAAUCAAAGGUCUUCAUGAGAAAAUCAGACAGUCUGCUGAAGAAGCAAAAAAGAAGGAGAGCCUCUACAAGCAGCUGCUGACCGAGUAUGAAACGCUGUCUAAAGAUGUGUGCCGCUCAGCAUACACCAUGAGGAUCUUGGAGAUCGUAGGCAAUAUAAAGAAGCAGAAGGAGGAAAUUACAAAGAUUCUGUCAGACACUAAGGAGUUGCAGAAAGAGAUAAAUGGCCUAACGGGAAAGCUGGACAGAACAUUUGCGGUCACCGAUGAGCUGGUGUUUAAGGAUGCCAAAAAAGAUGAAUCUGUCCGCAAAUCCUACAAGUACUUGGCUGCAUUACAUGAGAACUGCACUCAGCUGAUUCAAACCAUUGAGGACACAGGAACCAUCAUGAGAGAAAUUAGAGAUCUUGAGGAGCAGAUAGAGACAGAGAAUGGCAAAAGGACAGUUAGUAAUCUAGAGAAGAUCCUUGAAGAUUAUAAGGCUAUUCGUCAGGAAAACUCCGCUCUUGCUGCAAAGAUCCGGGAUGGAUGAGCCGUGACUCGGUCUACCUUUCUGAUACUGCAGAAAACAACCAGGUCUGCUGGAAUGAGUGCUGCUGUGAGAGACUCGAGUCUCACUCUUCAUCUGCCUCCACCAGUACAUCAAAAAUAAUCCUCAUCGCAUCAGCAACUUUCAGCUUUUACUGGGGGUUCAAACACUGAAGACUGUUUUUUGCAUCAAAAUUACAUUCUAAGAGACGCUAAAUAAAUCUAAUUCUGAUUGUUGUGAUGAGGUUUUCGGACUUGAAGAAUUUAAGAGACACAACUGGAUAAGACUACACCUUUGUUCUUUUUUUAACAGCGAUAACAUUUAUUAUGUACAUGAAAGUGUCCGUUAACAAUGACCUUCGAUUGUUAUUGAUUGAAUCCUAUGAGUUCAAUUCAUAAAAGUUUAAAUAUUCAGGGGAUUGUGUUAGUCGGCUUCCGCUUGGAACACUCAGAAAAACGGUUUGCUUGUUUUGUAUUAAAACUAAAUUGAGAACACAUAUGUUUGGCCCUGAUGGAUCAUUAUCACUAUUAAAAUUGGUAUUAAAAGUAA